AUGCUGAAUUCGGCCAUAAUAUCCGCUUCAUCACACGAAUUUCGUCGUGGACAGGUUCCGGUUGAUAGUUCAUCAUUAUUAUCAUCGAUUCAUUACCUUAAUAAUACUGUUGUUACUAGCAAUAACAAAAAAUUACGAAAUUUCGUGGCUGAACGUAUUUUCAAAAAUAAGAAUUUACAUGCUGAAAUAUUGAAACGUCAAGCCAAUUGCACAACUGCUGCACAAUAUCGUGAACAAAUUAAAAAAGGCCAAUUACAUGAUGGUGCAAUCGAAAUUAAGGUCUUAUCUAAUUUAUGUGAUCUAUUCAUUCGGGUAGUUUCAAUGAAAGAAAACUAUCCAGACAGUACAAAUUUACCAUAUUUGGAAUAUGGGGACGAUGCAAAAACAACCAAGAAGUGUGUUUACAUCCUCUAUGAUGAAGAGGCAAAACAUUAUGAUCCAUUGUACAUAGUCAACAAAGAUAUUGAAGCUGAAAAAUUAACAAUUUUUGAACGUGAUAACACAGAAACGUUAUUAGAUCUUCUACGUACGUUUAUUCAAGAAAAACUUCAUGGUGUUAAUUCUAAAGAAUCAGAUUGUUGCAUUUCAUCUUGUACAACGGAAUCUCCAACUCAGAUAAAGGAUUUCAAUGCAGGUGAACAUUUAAUGGAUAUGAUUACUCUGAAGGCUGAUAGAAGUUCACCAGUUAAACGAAAAUUACCAAAUUAUCAGGAAUUAACGUUGGGUCAAGAUAUCGAAGAACAAUUAUCAUCCGAUGAGAGUAUUCUUAAUGAUCAAGAAGCAAAACAUGCAAAAAUUGACGAAGAUGAGUUCUUGGAAUCUCUUAAAACCGAUUCGGAAUUCCUAACAUUCGAAGAACUUUUCCAAACAGAUUUUGUUGCUUCUGAGUUUGAACCACAGAUCGAACAACAAUCAACAACGAAUAGCCCAGCAGCUUUAAGUCAGUUAAUAAAAAUGCUAUUGGAAGUAGAUAUUGCUGAAGGACAUCGUGGUCGUACACGUGGUGAAUUUAUACCUAAAAAAUCGGUAAAACGUAAUGGUCAACCAUCAGAACUUGGACCACCGCGUUAUUUUUCUGAUCAAAAUGGAAAUACUUAUCUAAAUUUAUUGAUGGCAGAGAGAAUUUUCUCAAAUAAUUUGCAUCAAAUUUACCUUGAAGUUGUCAUAAUUACAGACGAAAUCAAUGGCUAUGCGUAUAUUAAUCCAUACUUUAAAUUUAUGGUAGCGCCUAAUGAUCCUAAAGUAUCACCGGUUCUUAAUCCAAUAUAUAUGUUUGUGGAUCAUAAAAAAGAAUUAAGUAGUUAUUCAGACAUGCUGCGUCAAUUGAAGCUUCGACUAGUUGUCUAUACGCUUACACACAGAGAGUUAAUGGACUCUAAGCAACCUUUAACCAUUUUUUCAUCACCCAAAAAUGAUAAUGGUCAACAAGCAAUUACAGCACGAUUUAACACACAGAAAACGUUUAAAACUGCUUAUGAUCUUCAUAAAAUGCGAUUCGCCUUUACUUUAUGGACAAAACAAAAUGGUGAAAAAGAAUUUAAACGAUGUGGAGAUACACAAUAUAUCAGUUCGAUUUCAACUGAAGAUAGAACAUAUACGAAAUCCUAA